CGUCAACGGGAACCCGGAGAAAUCAUCAAACCACCACUGCCAGACAAAUUCAAAGGAGAUCCCAAGCAAAUUCAGAAAUUUUUCACGGACAUAAGAAACUACUUCAGUUACUUUCCGACCACCAUGGCUAACGAUGUUAUAAAGAUUCGAACUGCAGGAACCUGUUUGUCCAAAACCGCUAAAGACUGGUUUAAACCACACCUCAGGGAUUUUAAAUAA